CGAGGCUUCUAUCUCGCGAAAUUUUGUAACUUCAUAUCUACACGUCAAUUACCGCAGAUCAGCUGUAAUCGCAGCGUUGAAAGCCCACUGCACACGUAAAUUUGAUAUAAUGCCUCUCCACGUUGUCAUGCAAGGUCCCGGACCGUGGGGAUUCCGCUUGGUUGGUGGGAAAGAUUUUGAACAGCCACUGACUAUCUCGCGGGUAACGCCGGGGAGUAAAGCAGCCCAGGCCAAUCUGUGCAUUGGGGACAUGAUCCUGGCCAUAAACGGUGAACCCACCGAGGGGAUGACACACUUAGAAGCACAGAACAAGAUCAAGGGCUGCUCAGAGGAAAUGGCUCUGUCCAUCGACAGAUCAGAGUCAAAAAUGUGGUCGCCCAUGGGCUCUGAGGACGGCAGGACGAACCCUUACAAAAUGAACCUGGCAUCUGAACCACAGGAAGUGAAACACAUUGGCUCCGCCCACAACAGGAGUGCCCUCCCCUUCGCUGCGUCGGGCUCCAAAGUCGUGACCAGUCAGUACAACAGCCCCAGCGGCCUGUACUCAUCAGAGAACAUUAAGACUUUUAACGAUACUGUGGAUACCGCCAAGACAGUGACCACGGCGGGCGAGCCCCAAAGCACACAAGACGCCUCAAAGCCCGGUCAACUCCAGCCACACUUAGCCGCUAACUCUGAGGUUUACAAAAUGCUGCAGGAGAACCAGGAGUCAAACGAACCACCCAGGCAGUCCGCCUCCUUCAAGGUCCUGCAGGAGAUACUGGAAACUGGCGACUCAGAGAAGCCAGCUGGAUUCAGGAGUGUGAAAGCUCCCACCAACAAAAUCGGUUCCUCUGUGGGCAACGCUGAGAAACUCCCAGUGUGCGACAAAUGUGGAUCGGGGAUUGUGGGAAUGGUUGUCAAACUGCGGGACAAGUUCCGGCAUCCUGAGUGUUAUGUCUGCUCAGACUGCGAGGUCAACCUGAAACAGAAGGGACACUUUUUUGUGGAGGAUAAGAUUUACUGUGAGAAACAUGCACGCGAGCGCGUGACCCCACCAGAAGGCUACGAUGUGGUCACCGUGUUCCCAAAGUAAAGGCCUCUCUGUUCAGCCUGCUUUAACACUGCACAGCACCUCAGGGCUGGGCCAGACGCAAACAUCUUCAGUAACACGUUGUCCGGACAGCCCCUCACAGACAGUAGGUUAGCAGUGGUCCCCAGCAGGAGGAGAGUGAUAAACUGUGAUGUGUCUUAUGACCAUGAGUCCGUGGGGAGUGUCCGGACGAGGUGUUGCCAAAACCUUCUAAACAUUCCUAUAUCGAUGACAUUCCGUGUGAUUGUUAGUGUUCUUUGCCUCUAACGUAUCUAAAUGUAUUGGUGAAUAUUUUCAUUUGCACAUUCCAUUCCAUGU